AUGGCGAGAACCCUCUUUGAUUUCGUCGCCGCCAUCGCCGCCGCCGCGCUCCUCCUCGCCGUUCUCAUGCCGGCCCUCGCCGCCGCGCAGGCCCCCGCACCGGCGCCCACCAGCGACGCGUCUUCGAUCGACCAGGGCGUCGCCUACCUUCUGAUGAACGUGGCGCUCGUGCUCACCUACCUCAUCCACCCGUUGGACGCCUCCUCCCCUUACAAGCUCUUCUGA